AUGAUUUCCACAAAAAUAUCACCACGAACCUUACGACAACUCGGCAUCCGAUCCGACAUCCUCAGAUCAGUCUCUGCAAUGGCCAUGGAAACUCCGACUCGAGAAGAAGCCCUGACUACCAAACCACUUUUCUCUGUAACCCCAGUGAACGAGCGAAACCAAACCGAACUGUCGGUAAAAAUCGGCAGGGGUUUCGAACAACGUCACGUGGGACCCGGACCCCGAGAGCAACGCGCUAUGCUUGAAACGCUCGGCUUCACCACCAUCGAAGAAUUGAUCACACGAACCGUUCCGGAAAACAUCCGACUUCGCGGAAACCUACAGAUUGCCGAUGCAAUGACCGAAGCUGAAAUGCGCGAAGAAUUCGAACGAAUCGCGAAGAAAAACGAGCCCUUCACCUCUUUCAUCGGCAUGGGCUACCACAACUGCUUCACCCCUGGGCCAAUCCUGCGGGAUGUCCUUAUGAACCCUGGCUGGCACACCCAGUACAGCCCAUAUCAGGCUGAAAUCUCGCAGGGCCGACUUCAAUCUCUCUUGAAUUUCCAAACCAUGGUUUCUGAUCUUACCGGACUUGCUGUCUCCAACAGCAGCUUAUUGGACGAAGCUACCGCUGCUUGCGAAUCGCUCUCGCUCAUGAUCAACGGAACAAAGGGCAAGAGAACCAAAGUGCUUGUAGACUCGAAGUGUCACCCGCAGACGAUCGCUUGUCUCCAGACGCGCGCUACUAACAAAAACAUCGACGUAGUGAUCAUGCCCAAGAAUCAAAUGGGCGAAGCGAUGGACACCAAAACAUGCGGCGUGAUCGUGCAGUACCCAGACACCGAGGGCAACAUGGAUGACAUUACCGAAUUGGUAGACAGCGUUCACAACAACGGAGGAUUGGUCAGCAUGGCUACGGAUCUCCUGGCGCUUUCCAUCAUCAAAUCACCUGGUGAAAUCAAUGCUGACGUCGCUUUCGGUUCAUCCCAGCGACUUGGUAUUCCAAUGUACCUUGGCGGCCCUGCAGCUGCCUUCUUCGCUACUCGAGAACAGUUUGCUCGACAAGUUCCUGGCCGAAUCGUUGGUGUUUCAAAAGAUGUCAACGGCAAGCCCGCACUCCGACUUUCCCUCCAAGCACGAGAACAGCACAUCCGCCGAGAAAAAGCCACUUCCAAUGUCUGCACCGCUCAAGCACUCCUUGCCAACGCGGCGGCAAUGUGGGGCGUUUAUCAUGGACCCGAGGGAAUGGUCGAAAUCGCCGAAUCUAUUCAUCACGCAGCCUUGGUCGUCGCUCAUGGCGCGAAAUUAGCAGGCCAUAAAGUGUUGACCGAGAACUUCUUUGAGACGAUGAAAAUUGAUGUUGGCGAAGAAAAAGCUAUUAUCUUGAAGAAAGCGCAUCAGGCGAGAAUCAAUCUCAGAGAUUACACUGAUGAAUCUUGCAUUGGCAUUGCUCUUGAUGAUACAGUCACACGCGACCAGAUAGACAUGCUUCUUUUGAUCCUUGGAAGCCCAAAGAUGGUCGGCGAUUUGGACGAAGUAGACAUUGACGACAUCGACAGAAACUCAAUCGCUUCAAGCGACUUUGUUCGAAAAACUUCAUUCAUGGAACAUGAAGUCUUCAAAAUGGUCAGAUCAGAGCUCGAACUUGUUCGCUACAUCAAGGAGCUCGAACGAACUGACUUGUCGAUGGUGCACUCAAUGAUUCCCCUCGGCUCUUGCACCAUGAAAUUGAAUGCUUCCUCUGAACUUGAGUAUUUGAGCAUGCCUGAGUUCACCAACUCGCAUCCAUUUGCUCCAGAGUGGCAGAAUCGCGGAUGGAAGCAAAUUUUCAACGAGUUGGAAAACGAUCUUGCUGAAAUUACCGGCUACGAUAAAGUGUCACUUCAGCCCAACUCGGGCGCUCAGGGCGAAUACGCGGGUCUAGCUGCUAUAAAUGCUUAUCACAAAGCAAAUGGUGAAAAACGAGGAAUCUGUUUGAUCCCAACUUCUGCUCAUGGAACUAACCCUGCUUCGGCCACCAUGGCUGGGUUGAAAGUCAAGGCGGUCAAAGUCAACUCUGACGGAUCCAUCAACCUCGAUUCGCUCAAAAACGAGCUUCACAAGCACCAGGAAACGUAUCUAGCAUCAUGGUAA